AUGACCAUUUGUGCUGGAUGUGGGGAGAAGGAAGCUUCACGGCUGGAAUGUCCCAACUGUAAAAAGUUGGGCAUCAAAGGAAGUUUCUUCUGUGAUCAGGAUUCUGACCUCUCUUUGAUUUUAGGGGGAGAACACAAAGCUAUACAUAGUAUAGUUCAACUUGCAGCUCAAAAUGAAGCGAGUAAAGAAUCAACUUUACCUGCGAAUAUGAGAAAUUAUCAAUUCACAGGUCCAUUACGUCCCGUAUAUCCUUUAUCAGCCAAAAGAGCCAUACCUUCACAUAUCAAAAAGCCAGACUACGCUGAUCAUCCUCAAGGUGUAUCAGCUUGUGAAUCUGUUCGAGAGAAAAGGAUCAAGAUUUUGAAUGAAGAGGAAAUUGAAGCUAUGAGAGUUGUAUGCAGGCUCGGUAGAGAAGUACUUGAUUACACAGCAUCUUUCAUCAAACCAGGAAUAACGACAGACGAAUUGGACGCUAUUUGUCAUCAAGCUUGUGUAGAAAGAAACGCUUAUCCAAGUCCUCUGAAUUAUGCAAAAUUCCCAAAGAGUGUAUGUAUAAGUGUGAACGAGGUCAUUUGUCAUGGUAUACCCGAUCAACGACCUUUAGUCGAGGGAGAUAUUGUCAAUCUUGAUGUUUCAUUAUGCUUCCACAGUGAUCUGAACGCUACUUAUCCAGUAGGGAAAAUAGAUGAAGAAUCAGCCGACCUGAUAGCCACUACCAAAAAAGCAGUCGAAGAAGCUAUAGCUAUAUGUAAACCUGGUGUAGCAUAUCGAGAAAUCGGUAAUAAGAUUGAAGAGAUUGUUAGACCCAAAGGAUAUAGUAUCGUAAGAAGGUAUACAGGUCACGGUGUACAUACUCGUUUCCAUUGUGAACCUAAUAUCGUACAUUAUGGAGGAUCAAAAAUGCCAGGAAAGAUGGAAGCGGGUCAUGUAUUCACCAUCGAACCUAUGAUUAAUCUUGGUACUGCUAAUCUCGAUCACUGGAGAGACGAUUGGACUGCCGUUACGAUGGACGGUAGAAGAUCAGCUCAAUUCGAAGAAACUAUCCUGGUCACCGAAACCGGCUUCGACAUUCUUACUCGACCACCUACAACUUCCAGCUCAUCACACAAGAAGAAGAAGAAGAAGUCGAAGGCAAAGACUGACGGAAUUGCUACACCCGGGGGAGAAACACCUGAAGUUGGAACGCCGACCGAGGAGGUUGCCAAUGGGGUCAAAGAAUUGGAAGUAGACGGUACUUCGUAG